AUGCAUCGACUUUUUGCUGAGCUGGAGCCAUCUGUAACCGUCACCGAGCAAAACCUGGCAGACCGAGUUCGGUAUAUCUUGCGCUCAAAUACAUUUGAUGCCACCGAACUCGAACGACUACAACGUGAGGCUGUUCCUUCAUCGGAUGAAAAUGCUACGGCUGAAGAUGCGGCGCCACAACUUGCAGAGCAACCGGCAAACUUGGAUGCCGCCGUGAAUACCCCAGUUUCGGUUGAUUCAAAUGAUGAUGGAACAGUCGCCCAGGAACUGGAAAUGGAGCAUAUGAGGAGUACAUUGGAUGAGGCGAUUUUGGAAACGCGCAGUACGCCUCUCGAAAAUCGACCGCGACUUCCCCGCAUAGCCCUCAGCAAGCUGAAUCGGGCUAUCGUGAGGGCUCUGAACCCAAUUCUGGUGACCUAUUUGGAAGCCAGCCGGGAUCUUUGCGAGACGGACUCAAUUCUCUUUGGCGCCGCACUGGCAGUCUGCCGUAUUAUAGUUCCCAAACUUUCCACGGCUGGACGCACUACUGGACAAAGUAGUGCUAUCUCAGCCUGGAGAACAAGAAUUGAAGAACGUAUCGCAAAGGCUAGGGCCCUCAACGGCAGACUGAUAUGCUUCAGGUCAGGAAAUACCAGGCUAAGGAUUGUGCGCACCGUCAGGAUGGCGUUUGCUGGGAAAAAUAUUAGUUUGUCCCAGCCGGAUAUAAUGCAAAAACUGACGGAGUGCAUAGACGACCUGAAGCAGACAAUCGCUGCUUGA